AAACGUAUAAUUAUAAAUUAUGAAUAAAAUUAAUAAUAAUCUUGAAUUUAAUGGUAAUGAAGAUGAACAUUUUAUAGAAUAUUAUAACAAUAAAAAUUAUAAGUCUGAUUUAUUAAAAGCUAAUAAAAAUAACAAGGCUAAAAAUAAAAAAAAUUCUAAUUUCAAUUUUAAAUCGAUAGAAAAAAAUCGUUUAAAUAAUAAUAAAAAUAAAUUUAUAUUAAAUCGAACAGCUUAUUACAAUUCAAAUGAAAAUAUAAAUUUUCAAUCAGAUAUUAUAUAUGUAGAGGAAAACAUUACAGUUAAUGACUUAGCCUUAAAAAUAGGUGUAGAAGCAACUGAACUUUUAAAGAUUCUAUUCAAAAAAGGUAAAUUAUUAAACAUUAAUCAAUUCUUAGAUUUACACCUAUUAAAUUUAAUUAGUCAAGAAUUAAAAAUCAAUAUAACCACUAUUGAUAAAAAAAACAAUAUUUAUAUAAACACUGAAAAUAAGAAUGAACAAAAUAUUAAUAAUAAUCAACUUAAAACACGUGCACCCAUUGUAGCUGUCUUAGGGCAUGUUAAUCAUGGCAAAACUAGUUUAAUAGAACACCUAGUAAAAAGUGACCUUACUAAAAAUGAAAUUGGACAUAUUACUCAACACAUAGGAGCACAUGAAUUUACGAUAGGAUCAAAAGAUAAAAAAAUUAUUCUAUUAGACACACCUGGUCAUGAGGCUUUUGAAUCUAUAAGAAAAAGAGUUUUAAAAAUAAGCGAUAUUAUAUUACUUAUAAUAGCUGCCGAUGAAGGAAUUCAACAAGAAACAUCUCGAAUUAUUGAAUCAUUAAAAAAUAGUAAAAGUUCUAUUGUAAUAGUAAUUACAAAAGUUGAUAAAAUAGAUGCUAAAAAGAAUAUUGCUAAGAUAUUACAGCAUUUAACAGAAUAUGGAUUAAUUGCAGAAGAAUUAGGAGGUGAUAUACCUAGGGUAGAUGUAAGUAUAUUUAAUGAAAAAAGUCUAGAACUAUUGCUAGAUAUGAUUUUAUUAAUUAGUGAAAUAAAAAAUUUAAAAACUAAUCCCGGAGCUCAAGCAGAAGGAAUAGUACUAGAAACGUACUUAGAUAAAAAUAAAGUACCUAGAGCUAAUUUAAUAUUACAGAAAGGUAGAAUAAGAGUUGGUGAUAUAAUUAUAGCCGGACAAGGUUUCGGGAAAAUUAGAUCUUUAUUCAAUUAUAAAGGAGAAAAAAUAUCUGAAUCCGAGGCUGUUUCUCUGAUAAAUAUUUUAGGAAUGCCAGAAUUAGUAAAAACUGGCGAAUUGUUUGAAAAGGUUGAAACAGAAAAAAAAGCGAAAUCUAAAAUUGAAGAGUUAAAAAAUAAAAAGGAUCAUGCUGAUUUUAAACAAAUUUUAAUAAAAAGCGAUAACAAUUCAAACAUAGAUAAAAAAACUAUUGAUAUCAACUUGAUUAUUAAAGCGGAUGUUCAAGACUCUGUAGAAGCGGUUAUUGAAGUUAUAAAAAAAAAUAUUAAUAAUGUAGAGGGAAAUAUAAAAAUUACUAUUGUUAGAGCUGAAAUUGGAGAAGUAAGUUUAAAUGACAUUAACCUAGCUUCUAUUACUAAGGCUUAUAUAAUAGGUUUUAAUAUUAAAAUAUCGAAACCUAUACAGAAAAUUGCACAAAUGAAACAAAUUGUGAUAAAAAAUUAUAAUCUCAUCUAUGAUUUAUUUGAAGACUUAAAUAAGUUAAUACAAGACUUAUUAAAAGGCAACAUAGCUAAAGUUGAAGUUAUUGGCAAAGCUGUUGUUAAAACUAUAUUUAAUUUAGCAAAAGGUAAAGUUGCAGGUUGUAUUGUUAUAGAGGGUAAGUUAGAUUCAUUAAAAUUUGAAAAGAAUGAUAUAGAAGAAAUUUAUGAAGGAAAAGAAUGUGGUGUUUUAUGUAAAAAUUUUCAAUCAUGGAAAGAAAAUGAUAUUAUAGAAUGUGUCUCAAGUAAUAAUGAUAAGAUUCGUGCUUGUUUAAUAGCUUUUUUCAAUUGUUUUUGUUGUCUAGCAGUCAAACAAGUAAAACGCCUUGGACAAAAUUUAUUUAAUUCUAAUCUAGUAGGUGUAUUACGUCUAUUUUUAGAAGUUGUAUAUCUCAUUAUACCAGGUUUUAUUUUAUUAUUAUUUAAUUUACAUUUGGUACAUUCUAGAGUAAUAUUAAUACGAAUAUCUUUACGUUUGGCCAUAAAUUUAUUAAAUUUAAAUCAUUUUAUUAUUUUAUUGUAUUAUUAUUGCUAAUAUAUACAAUUAUAUUAUAUUAUUUAUAUAAAAUUUAUAAAAAAAAUCCUGCUAUGACUAAGAUUAAAUCAUCAUUAAAACGU